UAUAUUUGUGACACAUCACCAAAAGAAGUAUUUGCUAUUUGUUAAUGGGUGUAAAAACCCUUUAAAACAAUUAAAAAAUAUAUUAAAAACAGUGAAAAUAAUAAUUUCCCAGUGUCUAAAUAAUUAAAGAUCUAUUUUACAAUAAUUUUUAUUCUAUUUGUCAUCGUUUUGUGAGUUUAAAUAUUGCUCCAAAAGUGUUCAUAACCAAUAAAUUAAAUUGUCGACCAAUUUAAUUGUUUACAAAAUUCUCCAAUUAUUGUUUUUAAUUAAAUUAUUUUUUUCAUCACUAUUGACGAGAAUUGUAAAUCUGACAGAAGGUGAAUUUCAUUGUAAAUCGACUUUUAGAAGAACACACGUCAGCUAGGCACACAUUUUGUAUACAUAUAUAUGUAUUAGUUGAUGUGAAUUGCAUAUGCAGACAUUCCAUCAGGUUUUACCAUAGGAUUUAAAUAUUUUUUGAGUAUCCUGCCAAAAAAUGGUGCUCAUUGCUGCUGCAGUAUGUACGAAAGCAGGGAAAACUAUUAUUUCUCGUCAGUUUGUGGAAAUGACGAAAGCCCGAAUAGAGGGAUUAUUAGCUGCAUUUCCAAAGUUAAUGAGUUCCGGUAAACAACACACUUUUGUUGAAACAGAUUCUGUUCGCUAUGUUUAUCAGCCAUUGGAAAAAUUGUAUAUGUUACUAAUAACAACAAAAGCCAGCAAUAUUCUCGAAGAUUUGGAAACAUUACGGCUUUUUGCCCGUGUGCUUCCAGAAUAUUGUAAAUCAAUGGACGAACUAGAGAUAGCGGAGAAUGCAUUUAAUUUAAUUUUUGCAUUCGAUGAAAUAGUGGCACUUGGUUACAGGGAGAGUGUAAAUUUGGCGCAAAUAAGAACAUUUGUCGAAAUGGAUUCACAUGAGGAGCGUGUUUAUCAAGCAGUUCGAUUUACGCAAGAACGUGAAGCGAAAAAUAAAAUGCGCGAAAAAGCAAAAGAAUUGCAGAGGCAACGUAUGGAAGCGAACAAAAAAGGUGGCAUUAAAAGUCCAAAUUUUGGCGGUGGAUUUGGAAACAGUUCAUUUCCAUCGAAUCCAACUAUUGGCGAUUCGGCGAAUUUCAUGCCUGAGCCGGUGAAGCCAAUACAGUACUCGUCAGUUCCAAAAACGACAACCGCUGGACCUGGUGCAAUGAAAUUGGGUGGUAAAGCUCGUGAUGUUGAUUCAUUCGUUGAUCAACUUAAAGAAGAAGGCGAAACUGUAUCGAUGAAUAAUUCCAGUGCUGCUGGAAAGAAAGUAACAAAUCUGCCACAGCAAAUUGUUAACACAGAGCCGGUUCAUUUGAGGCAAGAAGAGAGACUUAGUUUACGCGUGAGCAGAGAUGGUGGCGUUCAAUCAUUUGAACUUCAUGGAUUGGUGACGCUAAAUAUUUCUGACGAGAAAUGGGGUCGUAUUCGUGUUCAUCUGGAAAAUAAGGACACGAAAGGAGUUCAGCUACAGACUCAUCCGAAUGUUGAUAAGGAAUUGUUUAGGAUGCAGUGUCAAAUUGGAUUAAAAAUCCCCUCUAAACCCUUUCCAAUUAACACCGAUGUCGGUGUUUUGAAAUGGAGGUUACAAACUCAAGAUGAAACUGCACUGCCUCUUUCAAUAAAUUGCUGGCCAUCUGAGAAUGGAGACGGUGGAUGUGACGUGAAUAUUGAAUACGAAUUGGAACAGACUGAUUUAGAAUUAAACAAUGUUCAAAUUGUCAUUCCUCUUCCUCUGGGAUGUAAUCCAGUUGUGAAUGAAUGUGACGGUCAGUACAAUCACGAUUCGAGGAGAAAUAUGCUAACAUGGUCCUUGCCAAUUAUAGACGCAUCAACAAAAUCUGGAUCUAUGGAAUUUUCCGCCCCUUCAUCAACGCCUUCUGAUUUCUUCCCUCUUCAUGUCACUUUUACAUCAAAGACAUCUUAUGCCAAAAUUAAGGUCCUUAAUGUUUUCCUGGUUGAAGACGAGACACCUGUUAAACACUCAGUGGAAACAGUUUUCUUCACAGACAAUUAUGAAGUGGUAUAAAAACGAAAAAAAUUGACAUUGCCACUGUAUUAUAACAUCUCACUCGUUUGAAUUAUAGUUAAUUGGACAUAAGAAGUAUUAGUGCAUGAGGAUAAAUACAUUUAAUUCAAAUGUUGAGCUUAAGCUGCGGCUUAUUUCUUUGUAACCUAGGUAAUAAUAUAAAUUGUAAAACACUAACACAGUAAAAGCGAAGUAUUUAUCUUCGUUUUAUAAGAAAAAACAAAACAAAAAUAUUUUAACAUUCCUAUAAUAUUGUUAUUUUACUUUAAUUAAAAAUUUUGUUCAUUUUA